AUGUCGUUCUCCCGGUCACCAUCUCCCCACCCGCCGGGGGUGGGAGGAUGGUCCAGCCCCGGAUUCACACACGGCAGUGGCACAUCCACGCCUCACAGUGGCUUGCUCUCCCCGACUGCCCUAGGGCCGAGUGGGAUCUCAUGGGCCGUCGCCAAAGCCAAGAGCGACGAGGUGCGAGGCUAUCCAUCCUUCGCAACCAAGAACAACGGAUUCUUCUCGCGGUCGAGGCGUCAGUUGUCUGCGACGCUGCCGCGCUUUCGCCUAGGAUCAGGAUCCCCGAAUGGCUACGUUGAUAAGGACGAAUUCGGGCGGGGGUACCCGUUCACUAGUUCCGGUGACGGCUGGCGCUCCUGGGGAUUUGGCAGGGCGGUGUUUCGACGUAGGCGCUCGCGGCUGUUACUGGUUCUGGUCGCUUUCGCGCUCGGAUAUGUCUUGCUGUGGACACGGAUCAUCGAGGCCUACAGACGGUCAUCAUUGGGUGGUGGGCGCAAGUUCGUCAUUAUCCUAGAAUCGAAUAUCGAAGGGGGAGUGAUGGAGUGGAAGGGCGCGCGGGAAUGGGCGAUCGAGCGCAACAGCAUCGGCAACAAGGAUCACUACGCCAAGCAUUGGGGGUACGAGCUUGAGACGGUCAACAUGCUGGCCAAGAAGCGCUAUUCACAUGAAUGGCGCGAAAACUGGGAGAAGGUUGACAUCAUUCGGGAAGCCAUGCGCAAAUACCCCGAUGCGGAAUGGUUCUGGUGGUUGGACCUGAACACCUGGAUUAUGGAGUACUCGUACUCCCUGCAGGACCAUAUAUUCCACCGGCUUGGCGAACUUGCUUAUCGCGAUAUCAACGUCUAUAACCCACUUGGCAUCAAUCAUCCUCUCAACGAUCCCUACUUGGAUCAGGUUUCUCUCUCUCCGAGCGGGGAUAACGAUACGUCCUCGAUCAAUUUUCUUCUGUCGCAAGACUGCGGCGGGUUCAACCUCGGCUCCUUCUUCAUUCGACGAUCCCUCUGGGCCGAUCGAUUGCUGGACGCCUGGUGGGACCCCGUGAUGUACGAACAGAAGCAUAUGGAGUGGGAGCACAAGGAGCAAGAUGCGCUGGAGUAUCUCUACACCAACCAGCCGUGGGUCCGCAGCGGGGUGGGCUUCCUUCCGCAGCGGCAAAUCAACUCCUUCCCUCCUGGCGCCUGCGGCGACGGGGGUGACUCAAAGGUCCAUUAUGACGAGGGAGAUUUCCUGGUCAAUAUGGCAGGCUGUAACUUUGGCCGGGACUGCUGGGGUGAGAUGUACCAGUAUCGCGAGUACAGCAAACAGUUGAAUCGCCCACCAUGGGACCGGUUCAGGGAACGGCUGAACGAGCUCCGCGACAAGCUCUUUCCUCGCAUAGAAGAGGAGACGCAAUGA